GUGAGAAAUGCUCAGCACCAAGGACAGCGGCUGAAGGAAAAUAUUCGCUGUAGCCUACUACAACAGGGCAUUACCAUAACAGUGUUGAGAUUUGUUGUAUGCGAAUAGUCUGUCUCAUAUGACCAAUCGUGUUUCAGAGGGGCGGGGAGCGCCACGCAGUCUCUCUGUAGCUAAGGUGGCUGAUUCUCCAGGAGGGAGUGGGAUGUGGAGAGAUGUGUUUAUAGCUCUGAAUUUCUUUCAGUUCUCAGUCAAGCAUCACGUGUAAUUGAAGAGAUUACUUACGGAUUUUUUUGCGGUAGCCUACCUAUAAAGAGAAUUACCAAGUGGAAGAGAGACGCGCAUUCCGACCCUCAUCACUUUUGUCGUCUCACCUGCACAAGCGGUGAACAGGAGAGGUACCUUAUCAUGGAUCAGGAGAAAUGCUUACCGGAGCUGAUGGCCGAGAAAGAUACGCUGGACUCCUCAUUUGUUCAUGCAAUGCGUCUGCUUGCCGAAGAAAUUGAAAAGUAUGAGGGGGAUGAGUUGAGAAAAGACGGUGACGUCAAGAAAUACCUUGAUGUCAUCAGUAACAAAAACAUCAAGCUCUCGGAAAGAGUUCUCAUCCCAGUUCAACAGUACCCAAAGUUUAAUUUUGUUGGGAAGCUGUUGGGUCCACGGGGCAAUUCCAUGAAAAGAUUACAAGAAGAAACAGGAGCAAAGAUGUCCAUCCUCGGAAAAGGCUCCAUGAGGGACAAAGGAAAGGAAGAAGAGUUGAGGAAAAGUGGAGAGGCCAAGUAUGCCCAUUUGAGUAACGAUCUCCACGUUUUAAUUGAAGCCUUCGCUCCUCCUGGAGAGGCCUAUUCCCGCAUGAGCUAUGCCUUGGAGGAGAUUAAGAAAUUCCUAGUUCCAGACUACAAUGAUGAGAUCAGACAGGAGCAGCUGAGGGAGCUCUCCUACUUGAACGGAGGAUCAGAAGACACCAGCAGAGGGAGGACUGUACGUGGGCGGGGCUUACGACUGGCUUCCACCACAGACACACGGGCACGGGGAGGUGCGGCCCCACCCCCUCCACCAGUCAGGGGGGCAGCUGUACCCAGGGGAACAGUGGGUAAGCGGAGUGUCCUGCCACAAGCCACAUUAACGAGAGGAGUACCCGCUCCCAGGGCCAGGGGAGCACCAGGGAACCCCGGAUACAGACCCCCACUGUUACCCAUCACACACGAAUCAUACGACGACUACGGCUAUGAUGAUGGAUAUGACGGUGAAUAUGAUGACCAGAGUUAUGAUGCCUAUGAGGAGAACUACAGCAAUCAGUCAAAGAGCAUUUCUGAAUAUUACGAAUAUGGCCACGGAACCAAUGACGAAGCCUACAACAAUUACGAAGAGGAGUGGACUACAACCCGUCCGACACUGAAAGCCCCAACAGCAAGGCUCUCACGCGGGGGCUACAGAGAACAUCCCUAUGGUAGAUAUUGAAGGAGUAACAUAUUGUGUGAACUGUUCAAUAAGGGAAGUGUGAGAGUAUGGAACACACAGUAAAGUCUUCCCUGGGGACCGCAGAGUGCCUCCGCGUAUCUGAAGUGCUGGGCACAACCAGAAAUUAGCCUUGUGCAAAUGAGCAUGGUAAGUAUCUGGAAGCUUUCUUGCACGCCUGCUGUAAAAUUAAUACAUUUUGUCCUCAAUACCUGUUACAAAGAAACCUUUCGACAAACUAUAGGGGUUGGGUUGCCAAAGAAUGGGCACAGCCUUUUGUUAAUGAACCCUAUCAGCCAUUCGGAGAGGAAGCCAGUGCUUCUGGCUUUCUGCUCUGAACCAUAACUUAUAUUUGUGCUGCAAUCCAAAAUCUGAAAAGUAUGUGGGCUACAAAAUAUCUUUAACACAAAUAAAAGGCUGUAUAUGUCACAGCAGUUGUCUCCCAGCAAUUAGGGGUUGAAUAGGUACAUAUAAGAGUGGAAAACAUAACGUACAUACAAUCAAAUGCAUAUUCAGGUUUCAGUAAAAGGCUGUUGUGGGUUCUUUGUUGAUUUUGAAAAGCUUUUGAAACCGUUACAUUUAGCCUGUAGGAAGUAAAUCCCUCUAUCUUUCCACACUCUUGUAACAUCAAAAGAUUUGCUGAAGGACAACUGCUGAAGGACAAUUGGGCCACUUUGAAAGGCUUUUGAAUAACUCCCUAAAUAGUAUUUUUUUUCAUGAUGAAUUGUGUAUGUAUGUCUGUGGGGUUGGGGGGGGGGCAUUUGUAGAUUGUAAUCAAACAAACAUUUAGUUUAAUUCUUUCAUCAUACCCUCUGUCUGCAAUUUUAUCUUGAUCAAUUUGUCUUGUCAAUUUUGGGGUAUAAAAUGGGUAAAUCAUGAAUACUAAGUCUGGUCCACAGGCACCAAGACAUGCUUGCCUAAUGUUAUGUUCUAUUACAGCAAAGCUUGAAAUUGUCUUUGUGAACAGCUGGCCUCCUCUUUGCCCUUGACUUUGAAAGCCAUCUUCUCCCUGAGCCUGAGCCACUUGGCUCUCAGCAGGUGCAGCCUGUUAGGAGUGCCCCAGACCAGAUUUGCAUGGUGGCUGUUUAUUUGCCGUUAUGACUAAGGAGUGAUUUGUGUUGCUGGGCUGAAAGACGUCUGCCAGUGCCAUUCGUGUAGCCUUUGCCAAAAGCCACUCUCAGAUCCAUUUUCAUAACAAGCGUGUUGCCAGCUUGACACAAGCCAAGGGCUCAAAUCCCCUAGCCUGCUAUGAAUGUUGGUGUACAUUUCUUAAAGUGUGUGCCAUUGUUCAGAGUCGUCUCACAUACAGAUUACCAAUGAGUCAUUACCAGAGCUGGAUUCCCAAAGACAAUAGCAUUAGUCAUUGUUCGGUUAAAUGUGAUGUAUGCAAUUGUCAGAGGCCGAGGUGCUUCAAGGCUUCUCAGAUCACAAUUUAUUUUGUGUAGAAAAUUAUUGAAUACGCCUAUAAAUUGACCAAUGUUGAACAAUUGUACCGUGGUGCAAUGCAAUGAGUCACCAGGUCAGAUAUGGCAUGUUAAUUCCUUUAACGUCCCUCAAAUGAAUCUAAUAAUUAUUGACUUUUCUGAGUGUGUGUAAUGUUCAAAUGGAUCAUUAUCCUCCAUUGGCAGUGGAAAGGAGUUAACAGCACAGGAGAGUGUACUUUAUGAUUGAAGAUGAAUUAUAUUAAUCCAAGCUGACAGAAUCAAAACAUUUGACAGUGAUAUACAAUGACACCAUCUGUUUGUAGCGAAUUGGCACUGGCUUGUUUUCCCCACACAAACACAAACAUGACAUAAUGCACUUGGCUUGGCAGAGUCAACCUGGGGAUUUGGGAAGGAAUCAAAGACACUUGCAAGUCUUUCAGUCCAAGACUAACCAUUGACAGUAAAAUAAGUAAACCUAUGUUAUAUUCUGCAUGAUUAUGUUAAAAUUCAGUACAGUAUAUACCAUAGUAACACUGCAGUUGACCCUUAUUGAACUCAAAUGCGCAUAUGAAUGUUCUCCACCAUUUUGGCAUGCAGAGAGAGAUUAUUUGGAGCAGAUGUAGGGGGUAUUACCAGGGAAAGAUUCACUCACACAAGUUAAUAAGCAACACCAGUUGUUGAGUUUUCAGCUGAGCGCAUUACCCAGGCCAUGCAUGAAAUGGUUUCAUUUUCCAUCACUGUUUGUUUUCCCUGAUCAUUUCCAUGAUAGAGAAAGAAAACGGAAUUACUGUUGUUGAACCUAUUGAGGUGUACAGCUCCCCAGUCCUGCCAGUUCACAAAUGAGCUUGGCAUCUGGGUCGAUUGCAUGGCAAGGAUGGUGUCUGCAUAGGCUCAGCACGCAAGGAAGUGUCUCAUGCCAACCACUGCCAAGUGACUGACUGUGUCACGCCUGCUCCCGCUCCCCCUCUAUGGCGCUCGAGGGCCAUCAUUACGCACACCUGUCACCACUGUUACGCGCAUCAGCGCUUCAUUGGACUCACCUGGACUCCAUCACUUAUUGAUUGCCUCCCCUAUAUCUGUCUAUUCCUCAGUUUCAUCCCCGUGUCAGCAUUAAUGUAUUUUUUGUUCCCCCUGUCCCCCUUGUUGUGUUUCAUGUUGGUUAUUUAUUGAAUAUUCACUCCCGUCUCCCAGCGUCUGUCCUCACAGAAUGCUGACACCACAACAUCAGGGAGAUUUUUGGUUUUUGUUGGUGACGUCGAGUGCCACUCCCGAAGGGCUGCCUCAGCUGGCUCGUCAGGCUUCCAUGCCUUAGCUGGCUCGAGAGGUUUUCUUG